AGCAUCUCCAUCUUUCACAUCGCCUCAUCAACCCCAUCACAGCACUCGCGCCAUGUCCACAAAAGCAAAAAUGACCCUGGGUAUCACCACCCUCUGCACUAUCGCCACAGUAUACGGAGUUCAUUACCAGCAAAUGUCUGAGAAAGAGACAAUGCGCAUGGGUAUUACCAAGGACGAGGAAAGGAUGGCAAAAAAGAAGCGCCAGGACGAUAAUGUGAUCGAGCUCGCCGUCCAGCAGGAGCUGCAGCGAAGAAUGUUGGAGGAACAGACAAUCCGGAAAGAAGCGUAGCAAAGCGCCAUUACACAUUAAAAAUGAGCGCUGCACGGACAUAUUUUUACUUGAACCAUAAAACGGAUUUAC